AUGUCUGGUCAGCCAGCUCAAAAGAAGCAAAAGCUUUCAUCAUUAGAUCAAUUGAAAUCCACUGGUACUUUCGUUGUCGCAGACAGUGGUGAUUUUGCAUCAAUAGCUAAAUACCAACCACAAGACUCUACCACCAACCCAUCUUUGAUCCUAGCUGCUGUCAAGAGUCCACAAUACAGUAAACUACUGGAUGUUGCAGUUGCUUACGGUAAGGAAAACGGUAAGACCGUUGAAGAAAAAACCGAAAACGCUAUCGACAGAUUGUUGGUUGAAUUCGGUAAGGAAAUUCUAAAGAUCGUUCCAGGUAGAGUCUCCACCGAAGUGGAUGCUCGUCUAUCUUUCGACAAGGAGGGUACCAUCAAGAAGGCUCUACACAUCAUCGAAUUGUACAAGUCUGUCGGUGUCGACCCUAAGAGAGUUUUGAUCAAGAUUGCCUCAACCUGGGAAGGUAUCCAAGCCGCUCAGGAAUUGGAAAAGGAACACGGCGUCCACGUCAACUUGACUCUACUGUUCUCUUUCCCUCAAGCUGUUGCUGCAGCUGAAGCCGGUGUCACUUUGGUCUCUCCAUUCGUUGGUAGAAUCAUGGACUUUUACAAGGCAAAGACCGGUAAGACUUACUCUGGUGAAGAAGACCCAGGUGUUUUGUCUGUGCGUAGAAUCUACAACUACUACAAGAAGCACGACUACAAGACUAUUGUCAUGGGUGCCUCCUUUAGAAAUGUUGAUGAAAUCAAGGCUCUAGGUGGUGUUGAUUUCUUGACCAUUUCUCCAAAUUUGUUGGAUGAAUUAUACAACUCCCAGGAAACCGUUGACAAGGUCUUGGAUGUUGAAUCUGCAAAGAAAGCCGGUGAUGACAAGGUCUCUUUCAUCAACGACGAAGCUCUUUUCAGAUACGAAGUUAACGACGACGCCAUGGCUACUGACAAGUUGGCAGAUGGUAUUAGACGUUUCUCCCACGAUAUCGUUGCCUUGUGGGAAAUCGUUGAGAAGAAGGUUUCCGCUUAA